AUGAAUGACGAGGACCAGUGCUGGCUGCGGCAGCUGGGGGCGGCCCGCACCUUGGACCGUGCGGCCGCCGCCCCUCCGAGGUGUGCGGUUGCCCGUGUUUCCAUCGGCCCUGGUUCCCGGGACGUGUGGGGGCAGUUGCUCCGGGACAGGCUGACCCCCUCCUUCGGCCCGGCGUCCACCCCCCUGGAAACGCCGGGGGUUUCUGCGCGUGUCCGCACCCCUGUGACCCGCUGCUCUUCUCUCUCGACAGUGAAAGAAGCCGGACGAGACUUCACCUACUUAAUCGUGGUGAUCGUGGGCGUCGGCAUUACAGGUGGCCUGUUCUACGUGAUUUUCAGAGAGCUUUUCUCUUCGUCCAGCCCUAACAAGAUAUAUGGGAAAGCCUUAGAAAAGUGCAGGUCGCACCCCGAGGUAAUAAGUGUCUUUGGCGAGCCCGUUAAAGGCUAUGGGGAGGCGACCAGACGUGGUCGGAGGCAGCACGUGAGUUUUAUUGAAUAUGUAAAAGAUGGGCUGAAACACAUGCGAGUGAAGUUCUACAUCCAGGGCUCGGAGCCUGGGAAGCAGGGGACAGUGCACCUGGAAGUGAAGGAGAACCCAGAAAGUGGUGAAUACGAAUUUCGAUACAUAUUUGUCGAACUUGAAGCCUAUCCUAGGAGAACUAUUAUCAUUGAAGAUAACCGAUCCUGAGAUACUGAGGAUCGGCACACGUGGUGCAGACCCACAGCUCUGACCAGCAUGGCUCUCCCCAAGUUGGCUUUGAAAACAUAGCUCAUCACAGUGAAUGGAACUGGGUAGUUGCUGCAUUUAGACAAAUUGAAUCAGACUUUCUUAUAGAGUAAAAAAUCAUGAAAUAGAGCAUAUUUCAGGUCAUUGCGGGCAGUAUUUCUGCUCUACUUAACACGUUUCAUAAGAAGUUUUUGUUAAAAAUUUUACAUCAUGUAAAUAAGAAAAUAAGAGUUCAGUAUUUUGUGCUUUUUUAUGUUGUAUAGCUAUAUAAGAUCUGUGGAAUAAAAUCAAAACUAACAUGUCA